CGGAAGCGGAGAGCGCGGAACGGCGGUUGCUCUGCCCGGCAGUAAGUUUCUUCCUAGUGUUAAGUCUGCGCUUCCCAGCCCCUCCCCCAGCCCAUCCUCAGGGUAGGGGAGUCACUGUGGACCUUAAAUUGCAGCACCCGGCCCUCCGCCCCAAGAUUGAUCUCUAAAGACUCAUGUUGCCUGAGGAAGAAACCCAGAAGAGGAGGGAAAGGAAAGGAAAGGAGUCAGGAAUGGCUGUUUCUCGGGGACCAUUGACCUUGGAGGACGUGGCCAUCAAGUUCUCUCCGGAGGAGUGGGCCUGCCUGGACCCUGCCCAGAAGGCCUUGUACAGGGACGUGAUGCUGGAGACCUGCAGGAACCUGCUCUCCCUGGGAAAUUUAGCUCAUUUCUUGUUCUUCAUGGACUUCUUCAACAAUGUUGUUGUUGUUGUUAGUUCUCUUUGGCUGCACUCAAGAUACACAGAAAUUCCCAGGCCAGGAAUUGAACCCAAGCCACAGCAAUGACAGUGCCAGAUCCUUAACCACUAGGCCACCAGGAAACUCCUUCACUGUUGUUUCUAAUACCUGUAUUUUCUGCAAAAGUUCUAACAUUCUGGAAAUUGCAUUCUUUUUUAAAAUUUAUUUUAUUGAA